CCACGGCGAGAUGGCGGAACGCUGAAAGUAGGGGAACACAACAUAUGCCAAAAGAGACACGGCACACACAGAGAUCGAUCGACCCUCUUCGGGCGCUAUUAAAAAUUUCCCCCAAACCCCAAACCGCAUUUCAAUUCCACUUUUCUCUGUCUAUAUAUAUAUAUAUAUAUAAUAUUAUAUUGCAUUACAUAUCACAUACGUAACAUGCGUCCACGCAAGGACAGAGAGGGACGCAGAUUCGGUUUCGACCCAAUAAACUCAGCACCCUCCUUCUCCUCCGAAUCACCGCGGCGAAGGCCGAAGCUCUUGGCGGUGCUGAUGGCGGGGCAGUCGCGGAAAUGGAUGAUCCUGGUGGCCACGAUUUGGAUUCAGGCCUUCACGGGAACCAAUUUCGAUUUCUCGCAGUACUCGUCGUCGCUCAAAUCCGCGCUUAACGUGUCGCAGGUGCAACUGAACUAUCUCGCGACGGCGAACGAUAUGGGGAAGGUUUUCGGGUGGUCCUCGGGGAUUGCCCUAAUGCACCUGCCGGUUUCUGUUGUUAUGUUUGUCGCGGCUUUCAUGGGCUUCUUCGGCUACGGCCUCCAGUGGCUCCUCAUCACCGGCGUCGUCGAUUUGCCUUAUUUUCUGGUUUUUCUUCUGUGCCUUUUAGGAGGCUGUAGCAUCUGUUGGUUCAACACUGUAUGUUUUGUUCUCUGCAUUAGGAAUUUUCCGGUUAACCGAGCACUUGCAUUAUCACUCACUGUGAGUUUCAAUGGCAUCAGUGCAGCACUCUACACCCUUGUUGCCAAUUCAAUUGAUCCAUCAUCCGAUGCACUGUAUCUUCUAUUGAAUGCUCUUGUUCCCCUUCUCAUAUGUAUUGCAGUACUUGUUCCUAUUCUUCGCCAGCCGGCUUUAGACCCUCUCCCUCCUGAUGCAGUAAAUCAGGACUCAAUGAUAUUUCUAAUAUUGAACUUCAUAGCCCUUUUAACUGGUCUUUAUCUUCUCCUGUUUGGCUCAUCUGCUUCUGGUGUGACUUCUGCUCAGCUCUAUUUUGGUGGAGCUACUCUCCUCCUCAUCUUCCCAUUAUGUAUUCCUGGCAUUGUAUAUGCUCGGGCUUGGUUUCGGCGUACCAUCCAUUCCAGCUUUCAGAUGGGAAGCUCUAGCUUCAUUCUUGUUCAUGAUGAUGAUCUUGAGAUGCAUAGAGAGCUCCAUAGCUGUCACAAUAGUAUUGUUAGAAAUGGAGAUACUUACAGUCUGCUUAGUGAUAACGGAUACAUGUUUGGGAGCCAGAGGGAAAAAGAUAGUGAUAUGUGUUGUGAGACGAUGAUUGUCCAGGAUCACUUAACAGUGCUAGGAGAAGAGCACCCAGUAGCAGUAGUUGUCCGCAGAUUGGAUUUUUGGCUAUACUAUGCUACAUACUUGUGUGGAGGUACACUUGGUCUAGUCUAUAGCAAUAAUCUGGGACAGAUUGCCCAAUCUCUGGGUCAGCGUUCAAAUACUUCUACACUUGUCACGCUCUAUGCAACCUUUUCCUUUUUUGGUCGCUUGCUUUCAGCUGGACCAGACUAUAUUCGGAAUAAGAUCUACUUUGCAAGGACUGGUUGGUUAUCGAUUUCACUUAUACCAACCCCAGUUGCAUUCUUCCUCCUUGCUGCAUCAGACAGUCUUCUGACACUGCAGACAGGCACCGCACUGAUUGGAUUGAGCUCUGGUUUUAUAUUCGCAGCUGCUGUGUCAGUUACAUCUGAGCUGUUUGGACCAAACAGUGUGGGCAUCAAUCACAACAUUCUCAUAUCAAAUAUCCCUAUUGGAUCUCUUCUCUAUGGCUUUCUUGCUGCACUAGUUUACGAUGCUAAUGCACACUCAAUACCCGGAAACUUGAUAACGUCUGACUCAGUAGUGUGCAUGGGAAGGCAGUGUUACUUCUGGACAUUUGUCUGGUGGGGAUGCAUAUCUGUCCUGGGACUAGCUUCCAGCAUGCUAUUAUUCUUAAGAACGAAACAUGCAUAUGAUCAUUUUGAGAAGAACCGUAUUUCAACUCAAUAAAUUGUGUCUUAAUUUUUGUUAUUGAUUGGCCAUGAGGAUGAUGAUGUGGCCGAGUUCAUUUGUACAGUAGCAGAAAGUUGACUUUUAUAAGAACAAAUAUGCAUUAGGAGUUUGAGAUUAGAGAAGCAGAGCUAAAGCUAUUCUUGAGGAACAUUUGUACUGAAGCAGAGUUGUAAAUUCAGAACCAACAGGAUAAGGAUUUUGUUUAACUCUUUCACAGUGCCCAAAAAAUGAGAAAAGAGGGGGUUAAAAGUGGUCUGAGGAACUAUGCAUGUAAAAAACAGAAUUACAUCUAGACAUGGACCUGCUAGAAGUUUUGCCUCUUUGGCAGCCAUGAUUUGGUUCACACUUAGCACAUAACUCCUCUGCUUGAACAAAGUUGUGUUUAACUUUAACCUGAUAGUUCAGCUGUAGAAGCAGGAGCUAUGCUUUGUCCAGGUGUUGGUUCCAAAGAUGCUGCUACCAUAUACUUUUCAGUAGCUUUCGGAAAAAGCUCUUUUAACAAAGUCAGACAUGACAUUUUGAAAGCUUUAGUUAUUUAAUUCUUUUAUAUUUUAAGAUCUCCCAUGAAAAUGUGGCUCAAGUGCCUGAGCUACCCUGUGUUUUCUUUUCCUUCAGUUUCUUCCAUUUCCAAAGAUAAAUAAAACUUCAAGAGCUCAAUUUUGUAAUUUGGGAAACACAUGAUACAAGCCUCAUUUGACUGUAUGACCUUGAGUGAGACUUUUCCUUUUCCCAGGUUCUGUUAUGAGAAUUCUGAUUAUUCAUCACUUGCAAGAUAGAGACAGAUAUAGACUUGUAAAUUCUGAUUACUCAUGUCAUGAUGCUAUUCUUAGAAAUUAGAAUCCUGACAGAGAUGUAUUUGUAAAUUUUUCCUCUGAUUUCAUCAUCAUCUUUAUUAUGGUAAAUUUUUCCUCUGAUUUCAUCAUCA